UUCAGCGUGACGUCAGACAAGUCCAACCUUGUGAAAAAGGGGAGAAAGUGAAUUGAGGUUAUUUCCAACACAAUUGAGAGACUUGAUAGCGGUUACUUUGCACAGUAUAAGUGUGUUCUCAAACAAAUAUGGCAGGUAGUGGUCACCAGGGGUCAGCUCUUCCCUCAUCUGUCAGACAUGAAUUAUCACAGGAUUCUGAUUCUGAUGAUGUAGAUGGUGGUGAACUUUGGCAUCACAGGAGACUUCAGCAACAGGUGGGGUACUUGAGUUUAGGUGGGGGAUUCAGUGGAGGAUUGUCACCACAACCGUCAUCAAGUGUGGAAUGCGAGCGACGAGUGAGUCCUUUAGACCCCAACCUUUCAUCAGCUGCACGAUAUUCUCCACCACCCCCAUACAACAACCCGCUGGCAGGAAUAGAAGCAUCACUGGAACAUCCUGAUUCCCCAAUGGAAGACUUGUCACAUGCUGGUUCUCUUCCUAGUCUCCCAGCUGGUGUUAGCAGUAGUAUUUCCAGUGCCACAGAAAGUCUUGCUGUCACUGAAGCACAUAGAUUACCACCAUCUUCAGUGGGACGAGCUUCAGCUAGUCGAGGAAGUAAUUUAGUAUCUGCUAACAGCCUUUUUCCAUCACAGCCAAUUUUAUCACGCUCACAGCCAAGAUGGGCCUCAUCUGAUGUAAUAUCUGAUGAUGAUGAUGAGGAUGAUGGAACUGUUAGCCCAGCUUUGGGUGAAAGUGUAUGGGCUAAACAGAAAAGAUUAGCUUUGAGUAAUAUGGUGGACAGUGGUGCAUCUCAACCAGGACCUAGUAGACUUCAAGCUGUGACACAGGCCAGUCCCAGUAUGCCUCAGCCUGGCCCAAGUGGUCUUCAGGCUGUGUUACAACCUUGUUCUAGUGGCAUUCAAGCUAUUGGCCAUCCUGGCCCAAGUGGCCUUAGAGUUAUGCCUCAGCCCAGUCGUAGUGUUCUUCCAGCUGUACCAUCUAGUCAUCAUAUUAUGUCUCGACAUCAGAGGUCAAAGUCUACAGACAGUGAUAAUGAUGAUAGUAAUGACUCUCCAGAGAGUUUACCGCAGCUUAGUUCUACUCCUGGACCAUCUGGUAUUAGAAAUAGAUUAGUUCGGCUUAGUGAUGGGGAGGCAGAGGCACUUAAUGGUGUUGCAACUGGUUGUGAAGCCAGUAGUAGUGUUAGAAGUCAUGUAUCCCCAUUAGGGUCACCUAGUACACCUGCAGAUAAUUGUAUUGUAUCAUCUUCUACUGGACAUAUUGACUCUAUACCACCCACACCUGCUGAAUAUCAAGGCAAUGAUGUAUCUGGGCCCAGCAGCCCAAUCUCUCCAAGUCUGGCCAGUACUGCUAUACUUGAUUCAACUGUUGAUUCUACAAGCGGUCGUGGGAUUAUGGAUCCAGAUGGGCAAACCUCUGAUGAUGAUGAGUUAGCACCAACAGGAGAGAUGCAGUUGCCAGUAAUGGGUGAUGGAGAUGAAAUAUCAACAUCAGAAGUUGGCUUGCAGCACAGUGAUGACAGUCAGGAUGUUGCAUUGCUUGUCAGUCCUCAAGGCAUGUUCACUAGUGGAAGAGCUAGUGCCAAUCGAUUUAUAGAGCAACUCUCUCUUUCUCUCUCUCUUUCUCCUCCACCUCCCCCUGAUCCAGGGCCAUACCUUAAUGAUCCAUUGGCUAUCCCAGGACCCAGCAGGGCCUCAUUGCCUUGUACAUCACAAAUAACCAGUAGAAGAGUUAGUGCAGCAGUUGAUCAAAGUAGAGAUCAACCUUCUACCUCCAGUUCAGAUAGCAUGACAGAUCCAGUGGAAGUUCUUGACAAUAGUUUACCAUUGUUGGAAAUUGCAUCAGGAUUGCCUGGAUGUAGUACAGCUUCUGAUGCAGAUCGCUUAAGCGAUGGAAAUGGAGCAGCAGGACUAGGAAGUGCCUCAGUAAGGAUAAAAGAUGAAUCAGGACUAGGAAGUGCAUCAAGAAGGCUGGAGCCCCUUGUGUCCCUCUCCAAAAGUGUGACAAAUGUCAUUGAUGAUGAUAAUUUAGCUGGUAGUACAGGUAACCAGGAUCUUAAUCAGCUGAGCCAAUCUUAUGUUCUUGAGCUCAAUGAAGAAAGCUCAGUUGGUAGUGAAAAUGCUCUAAACUCUGGCUCUCUUACUAAAGAUGAUCUGACUGAUAGACGACUUAACCAAAGAAACUUUGAUGGUUUAUCAACAGGUCACCAAUCACUGCUUAACACUAAAAGGUUAACAGAAGAAUCCCUAAAUAAUUCUCUCAGUCUAACCUUAGCUUCAUCAGAACGAAGCAGGGUGAUGGAGACAGAUGUAGCCUUACCAGGAACAACCCAGCAGUCUGCAAUGGCACAACACUUAAUUCCUUCUCAACCAGAUCAGGUUUCUCUUUUGGUUGGUGGGGGGGAUGACAGCAGUGAUGGAGCUCUCCUGAUGAUGGUGUCUUCAAACUCUCACGCUCUGCAUAACACCCUUUCCCUUGAGAAACAGCUGGAGCAAGGAGAAGCCAGCAGCCUUGCCCCUGACCUUAGAACGUCUGAAUCACAGAAUAUACAGUCUGACAGAGUUGAGGGUACCUCACCAAGUUUAGCUAAUGAAGAAAGUAAUAACAAGAGUGAGACUGAAGUCAACUGCUCUGCUAGUAGUCAAGAAGUGGAAGCAGGAUUCAUUGGUGCAGAUUAUUGGUGUGGAGAAUGUGCACAGAUGUAUGCCCAUGAGUGUCCUCAACAUCACCUACAAGAUGAAACUGCUAAACCUGUCAAGACCAGAGGUUGGACAUCUUUACCCACCCAGCAUCUGGUGAUACCCAAGAUUCCAGAUACCGAGGGUAAAAUUCAGGAUUGUGUAGAAUGUGAACAGAUGUCUAGCCAUGGUUGUCCACAGCAUCACAUACAAGCCAUAUCUGACAAACCUGUGAGGACCAGAGCCUGGGCAUCGCUCCCUGCACAACACCUAAUCAUUCGUAAAGUCUCGGACACUGAAGAAUUUGGUGUGUUUGCUCGCAAGUCCAUCCCAAAACGAACGCAGUUUGGGCCUAUAGAGGGUGUUAUGCAAGGGGAAGUCAGUGGUUCAACAUCUUCCUAUGGCCUUAUCUAUACCAUCAAUUCUGGAGAGGAAUAUUUGCACUUAGAUACUUCAGAUGAAGGUUCUUCAAAUUGGAUGCGAUUUGUGCGAAAAGCCACAGUGUACCUCGAGCAGAAUUGUGUGGUAUUGCAGAUAGAUGGGGGUUUGUUUUUCCUCACCACCGCUGACAUAGCAGCCCGUACAGAACUCAGAGUUGGAUACUCAAAACAGUAUGCUGACAAGCGGAACUUGCAGACCCUGGAGCCCACAGAGGAUGAGGUUAAAAUUUUGGACUCUUUAAAAAAAUCUUGGCCAUGUUAUGAGUGUGAUGAAGGUUUUGAGUCGUCAGCUGAACUACAGCAGCAUUUAGUGUGUCAUGAUGAGGAGGUUGGGGAGGAGGAACGAAGGAAACGCAAGAGGAUAAAGACGAGGCGGCCACGUGGCAAUGGGGAGACUGAGCCCGGGAUAAAGAGGCUGAUUAAGAGGGUUAAGGUGUGUGGAGAAGGAAACUCAGGUGUUGGCAGUUCUCAAGCUGUAUCUCCAGGCACGAGUGGAAGUGUUGUGCUUGAGGACUGCCUCCAGCACAAUCAGUGUGUGAUAUGCAGCCUUGUUUUCACUAUGCCAGAGGUUUUUGAAAAUGAUGUGGAGUUAUCUAGACAUGUGGAGGAACAUGGCCUCUGUCUUCCACUCCCAGCUAAACCUUACAAGUGUGACUUCUGUUAUAAAUCAUUCUUAAGACGUGAACGUUUGGAAGCACACACAGCUGUUCAUGGAAAUGAAGCUGGGAAGCCCUACCAGUGUAAUCUGUGCUUGAGAAGGUUUUGCAGCAACACUGCCUUAAACACACAUAUAAAGUUUCACAUUGAAGGCAGUAAAGGCUAUGACUGUCCAAUUUGCAGAGAAGGGUUCUUCUCUGUGGUUGGUCUGAAGGCCCAUGUGUCCACACACUGUGUCAAUGGACAGUAUGAAUGUCCAACAUGUAACAAGGUAUUCCCUACGUAUAGUAAAAUUCGACGACACAUUCGGUCAUACCAUGCAGUCAUGCCACAUACCUGUUCCAUCUGCAGUAAAGAGAUGCCUUCGAUUGACAAGCUAAAGAUUCACAUGCUAAGCCAUUCUGAUCGGCGUGACUUCCUCUGUCCAGACUGUGGAAAGAGGUUUAAACGAAAAGACAAGCUUCGUGAACACUCAAAGCGCAUGCAUUCAACUGAACGUGAAGCCCGAACCUCAAAAUCUGUUGCUAAAGCCCCACCCAAGUUUGUCCCUAAGGUUGAUCCAACGGAUUAUAAACAGUUUGUGUACAAGUGCCACACAUGCCUCCUUGGUUUCAAAAGGCGAGGAAUGUUGGUGAACCAUUUAGCCAAGCGCCAUCCCAGUGUGGACCUGACAAGUGUACCUGAACUUAAUCAGCCCAUUCUCAAGGCUACGCGAUGUUAUUACUGCCAGUACUGUGAAAAAAUGUAUCGCAGCAGCAGUAAGCGCAAGUUGCACAUCUUAAAAUACCACCCUGGAGCAGAACUUCCACCGCCUUCCACAACGCACAAUGAGAGUGAAAGUGGUGAAGGACCAUCUUUUUCCCAAACUGUUGGUGCCACUACCACAUAUCCUCAUCCAUGUAAAUGGUGCUAUCGUCAGUAUGCCUCACGGGCACGACUCCUGCGUCAUCAACGCCACCAACAUCCAGAUCUUUGUACUGAUAGUGCUUCACUCAAGGAUUAUGCUGCAGAUGUUCCUGAAUCAGAAGUGAAUGAUGUUGAUCCUUUGCUAGAGAGUCCUGCGGGGUUGUCUGGAGAGCUUGCAUUAGGAGGUCAACUGGUAGCAGAUGGCAACCUUCUGCGUAACCACCGCUUGGUGAGCUUAGCACGUGGAGAGCCUGGUACUUCAGGAACAGAGGGCACUGAAGAUGACUUACUAACUCAGGCAAUGGGGGAGAUUACACCACUAGCAGGUGGAGAACAAUAUGUACGUUUAAUAGGCACUGGAACAGAGGGUCAACAAGUGGUAGUGGGAACAACACAGGCAGCUCGUCCCUUGUUGGUAAGCAGUGAUGGAGGACAGCAGGGUGCUACAUUAGCAUUAGUGACAACUGACAGUCCUGACACAGUCACCCUCUCUCUUCCAGCUGGCCAGUUUAUAUCUUUGAUUCCAGGAUUUUCAGCAGUAUCUACAACCUCCAGGUCAAUAACAAAUGGUGCAGGACCAGUUAACAUCCACACUGUCGAUGCACAGGAAGGGGUAGGAUCCAGUGGGGCGCUUCAGGGAGAGGGUGUAUCAACCAUGAGAAUGUCAUCCACAUUAAAUUCUUCUUUAAAUGAUAAUAAUGAAGCAGAGGCUGUUGAGCAAGUUGUGUUAGCAACCCACCAGCCUCCAUCACCAUCUAGUUCAGUGUGGCAACAAGCACUUACCUUUGCCAGUUCUCAGACAUGAAUAGUAUUGCUCUAAUACUGUACAAUUAACUUAUGUUCAUACAAGUUUUUUCUUUCACAUUGGGGUAGGACUGGAAUAAAUAUGACAUGAAAUAUACUGUAUUGAAUUUGUUUAUGUAUAUAAAUCAACUGCCUUAGAAAGUUUUAUAUCUAGAAAGGGGAAACUCUAGUCAUAAGUAAUUUAAAAUCUAAUCAUAUUCAACCUUGUGUAAAAUAUUUUAUUGCAAUCUAUCUAGUCUUUCAUCUAAUUAAAUAAACUUGAAAUUCACA